AAUUAAUUUUUAAUUAUUUUUCAUUUUCAUAUCUUUUGCCCAUCUUUUGUCGCACCGGAUUCAAAUGGUAAUGAUGCGUAAAAUUAAAUUAACCUAUCUCUACGCUUCGCCGAUUGCGAUGAAUUAAAACAAAUAACUAGUAAAGAUUUACUACCGUUUGGGUUAGUUUUAGCCAAACUUUAGUACCCACGACAUGCCUUCCACUGUUUGGUGCUACCUUUUCGCCGUUGCUGCAUUGGUUUUCGUUCCCACCACCAACGCACUGGGAAGGCGAAAUAAAGAGCUAGUGAUUGAUAAAGCGAAAACAUGCCAAACGAAUAAAACCGAAUCAUUUUUGAUCAAGUUCAUCAUUCCGGCAAACUUCACGUCCAGCAACAAUGUGGUGCGCUUUUACGGGAACUUUUCCGUCGUACAGCAGAUUCGACCGCCGCUGGAGCUCACACUAGUGGCGUAUCGCUGCACGCUCGAUUUGCAAAACUGCCAACGGUACAAUGCGGUGCAGGUGCCGAAAAUUUGCUCCUUUUUGGCCGACACCAACUCGUUCUGGUCACCGUUUGUGCGCAGCAUCGAGCCGACAGUGAAGUGCCCCCUGCAACCGGCAACGUACGUGUUUAAGGAUUCCGCGUUUGAUUUGAGCUUUUUUACCAGCUUUCCACUGGACGGGUACACCUGGCAAGUGACGAUGAAGCUGUACAGCACGGCCGUCACGCCGAAGAAGGAAGUGUUUUGCUUCGCUGCGCAAGCUACGCUGAAAACAGUCCGCCGACCUUAGCCAUCGUGUAGUUAAGGGAGUGUAAAGUCUG